UCAAAAAAGUCAGAUGAGAACAGAAACGUGAACAAUGGAGAGACACAGACGUCUCCUUCUCUUGUGCGAAAUGUGAAUUUUUAAAGAUGUAAACUUUUUUUUUUUCAAUUUUCUAAACUCCAACAUCCGAUAAAUGAAGUUUCUUUUUUUAUAGGAAUUUGCACACUUUACCUUGACAUUAAAGCAACAAGCUUUGAAAACCAAAAACCAAAACAAAAUCCCAUAAACCCAGAAUUCGAGUGGGGAGAAGAGAGAGAGAGAGAGAGCUGAUAUGGCGAAUGAAUGUGCUAAAACUGGAGGUUGUCCCAGCGAUUACGUCGCCGUUGCAAUUUCAGUAAUCUGCUUCUUCGUGCUUCUAUCGCGUUCAGUCUUACCGUGUUUGAUUCACAAGGCUCCUCGUACUAACAGUAGCAGUUUCUGGAUCCCUGUUAUUCAAGUUGUCUCCAGCUUCAAUCUUUUGUUCUCAAUUAUGAUGUCAGUUAAUUUGCUUCGAAUCAGGACGAAACAUUGGUGGCGAUAUUGCUAUCUUUGGGCAGUGUGGAUCGAAGGACCACUUGGAUUCGGUUUGCUGAUGAGCUGCCGUAUAACUCAGGCGUUUCAACUCUACUUCAUAUUUGUCAAGAAACGUCUACCACCCGUAAAAUCCUACAUAUUCCUACCUCUUGUUUUGUUGCCAUGGAUCUUUGUAUCUGCUAUAAUCCACGCAAAAAGGCCUCUCAAUCGUCAAUGCCACAUGGGUCCUCGAUGGACUUUCCCAGUUGCAGGCCUUCAUGCUUUCUAUGUCCUUGCCUUAAUUGCAUUCACAAGAGCUGUCCGACAUGUAGAAUUUAGAUUUGAUGAGCUUAGAGAUCUCUGGAAAGGAAUUCUUGUCUCAGCCACUUCAAUCAUUAUAUGGGUAACAGCGUUUGUAUUAAACGAGAUUUAUGAUGAAAUCUCUUGGCUUCAGGUUUCUUCAAGAUUUGUACUUUUAGUCACGGGUGGGAUUCUUGUAGUUGUCUUCUUCUCCAUCUCGAGUAACCAACCUCUUCUUUCACAAAUCAGCUUGAAAAAAAGAGAACAGUUUGAGUUUCAAAGAAUGGGUCAAGCUCUAGGCAUACCUGAUAGUGGAUUAUUAUUUCGAAAGGAGGAGUUUCGACCUGUUGACCCUAACGAGCCACUCGAUAAGCUUCUUCUCAAUAAAAGAUUUCGCCAAUCGUUUAUGGAGUUUGCUGAUAGCUGCUACGCUGGAGAAACAUUGCAUUUCUAUGAAGAAGUGUAUGAUCAUGGUAAAAUCCCGGUAGAUGAUUCGACAAGAAGAAUCUACAUGGCUAGACAUAUCAUGGAGAAGUUCAUUGUCGCAGGAGCGGAAAUGGAAGUAAACUUAUCUCAUAAAACCCGGCAAGAGAUCUUAACCACUCAAGAUCUAACUCAUCCUGAUCUCUUCAAAAACGCAUUAAAUGAAGUGAUGCAAUUGAUCAAGAUGAACUUGGUGAGAGAUUACUGGUCAUCCAUCUUCUUCAUCAAGUUCAAAGAAGUGGAGAGCUGUGACGAGGCAAUGCAUAAGGAAGGAUGGAGCUUUUCAUCUCCAAGACUAAGUUCAGUUCAAGGCUCUGAUGAUCCGUUCUAUCAAGAACAUAUGUCAAAGAGUUCAAGAUGCAGUAGUCCCGGUUAAGGAGUCUAAACUAGUACAGACCAGAACUUAAAUAGAUUGUUCAUAGCAAAUCAAUCCAUAUGUAAUCUCUCAUUUCACAUUUCUUGUACAUGUCUUUUUCUUACUCUUGUAAUACCAAACUGAGAGAGACAAUGUCCGGUUCCGAUUUUGGUUUGGUUUUGAAUGUGUAUACCGGAGAAAACUUUGGAAAAAUGAGAUGUCUGGAACAUUACAUGUA